AAAUGUUUAAUCCAGUUGACCACGGGUUAGACCCAGAUUUUCGACUUACAAAUUUUUCAACUCUAAGAGGAUGAGGCUGCAAAAUCCCACAGCAGGUACUUGCCAAAUACCUGGAGGGAACAGAAAUAAUUCAUACUCAAACAAGCAAAAGCAAUGAAGACGAUUACAUUGGAUCCGGAUUAGAUUGCGCAGUAAUCCCCCUGCGUCACAAGGGAUACUCUUUAGUUCAGACUGUCGAUUUUUUCUACCCGCUUGUCGACGACCUUGACACAAUGGGACGCAUAGCUCUAGCUAAUGUUACGAGUGACAUGUAUGCUGUCGGAGUAACUGAGAUCGACAAACUUGACAUGAUUAUUAGCGCACCAACUGAGUUUACAACCAAGCAACAAAAUAUUGUCGUACCAAUGAUCAUAAAGGGCUUUCAGAAAGCUGCAGUAGAAGCUGGCUACCACAAAGAACUUUAUAUUAAGAGCAUUACGAUCAAUCCCUGGUGCAUCAUAGGAGGAAUAGCUACAUCUUUUUGCCGCAAAGAGGAGAUUAUAUUACCGUCUUACGGGCGACAUGGAGAUGUUUUGGUACUUACAAAACCACUUGGCACACAACUAGCUACAAAUGCUUAUCGUUGGAUGAUUGAGAAGAAUGAGAACUAUAAAAAGAUUAAGUCAUCUUUUUCUGAUGAUGAUAUUCAGGAAUGUUUUGAAACAGCAGUAAAAUCUAUGACGUACCUAAAUAGAAAUGCCGCACUUUUGAUGCAUAAAUAUGAGGCUCAUGCUGCCACCGAUGUUACUGGCUUUGGUUUGUUGGGUCAUGCUAAAAACCUGGCCAGCUAUCAAAAAGAAACUUGCGUUUUUAAAAUACGUAAAUUACCAAUUAUCAAAAAUGUUUUGAAGUUUGGAAAGCUCACUGAUCAAAGCACAAAAUUGUGUGCAGGCACAUCGAUUGAGACUUCCGGUGGCCUUCUUAUUUGCCUUCCUAAAGAAGCUUCUUUAGAGUUCUGUAAAGAAUUUCAUAUGUUAACCAAAGGAAAGCAGCAGGCAUUUGUGAUCGGUGACCUCGAAGCUUCUGACAAAGCAGAUGCAUUGCUUUCUAACGACCCCGACUUCAUUGAUGUAACCCUUUAAAGAAACCCCAACUGUGUAUGUGGACCAGCAAAAAAUAGACCAAAAGUAUUUAUAAUAUAAAGGAGUACGUAUUUAGCUUAUGAUGACUAUUUCUAAAAGGCUUCGCGCUUGGGAAUAUUCUGAUGUAUUUUUAAUAAUUGCAUCUCUUUUUUUAAUACUUGGUAUCACGUUUUUAGCUACAAAAAGUAAAUAAACUUAACAUACACAUUCAAA